AUGUCGGCAAGCCCUUUGCCUGAAAAGGCUCCAGGGCAGUUUUUUUCAACUACCACCAGCGACCCAAUCCACGAUGCUAGCGAAGAUGCUAAUACCGGAACUAUAAGUGAAAUAACUGCUGGAUCACAAGCUCUACAUCGCAGGUUACGCGGAAGACAGGUUCAGCUUUUUGCUAUCGGCGGAGCAAUUGGUACAUCUCUCUACGUACAGAUGGGCUCUGCUCUUCCUAAAGGAGGUCCCGCAGGUCUUCUUAUUGCCUUUAUACUAUGGGGUAUCGUCAUGUGGGCAGUCAACGAGUGCUUCGCAGAGAUGGUGACAUACCUCCCGGUACCCUCACCUUUCGUUCGUUUCGGUGGCGAGUGGGUUGACGGAGCACUGGGUUUUGCUAUGGCGUGGAAUUUUUUCCUCAAUAUGGCCUUUCUCGUGCCAUUUGAGAUGGUGGCUAUGAACAUUAUGAUUACCUUUUGGACAGAUAAGGUUCCUGUCGAGGCUAUCAUUGUCGCGAUGAUUGUCUUCUACGCUCUGCUUAAUGCGAUAAGCGUGGAAUAUUUUGGGGUCGCGGAAUUUUAUCUAUCAAUUUUCAAAGUUCUUUUGAUGAUUUCUUUGUUCUUUUUUACCUUCAUCACCAUGCUAGGGGGAAACCCGUUGCACGAUCGAUACGGGUUUCGGUAUUGGGAUAACCCGGGCGCAUUCGUCGAGCAUCUUGUCCCCGGAAAAAGAGGAAGGUUCCUAGGUGUCUUGUCAUGCGUAUAUCAGGCUACUUUCUCUAUCUGCGGUCCGGAAUACAUAUCCAUCGUUGCUGCCGAAGCCGAGAACCCCCGAAAGACCCUACCUCCAGCCUACCGAUCUUUCGUCUGGCGCAUUCUUUUAUUUUUUGUGGGCUCUGCUCUUUGUAUGGGGAUCGUCAUUCCUUACAACGACUCAACACUGGCUUCCAUCCUUGACGGUGACAUCUCAGGGUCUGGCACAGGUGCUGCCUCACCGUAUGUCAUCGCAAUGCAACGGCUAAAGAUCCACGGUCUACCUCACCUCGUCAAUGCAUUGAUCAUGACAUCCAUAUUUAGCGCCGGGAACGGUCUUCUAUUUGCAGCCACGCGCACCCUACAUGGUAUGGCCAUCAAAGGCUACGCACCUCGGUACUUCUCUUGGUGCACAAAAGCCGGAGUGCCCCUCUUGGCUCUUCUGUUCUCACUCUCUUUCUGUCUUCUUGCAUUUCUGCAGGUCAACAGCUCCUCUGCAGCAGUAAUGGACUACCUUGUCGAUCUAGUAACGUGUUGUCAGUUGAUCAAUUAUGGCUUCACGGCUUUGACAUACAGACACUUCUACUCUGCCCUAGCUAAACAAGGAAUUUCUCGGGAUACACUACCUUACAAAGGCCGAUUCCAGCCUUACACUUCUUAUCUAGCCAUGGUUGGUACCUUAUUUAUGGUGCUGGCAGGUGGCUAUGAUUUAUUCUUGAAAGGCGGCUGGGAUGUGAUGUGGUUUUUCUUGGACUAUGGGAUGAUUGGGUUCUUUAUCAUUGCUUUCCUCGGUUGGAAAUUUUGUGUCAAGACCAAAUAUGUAUGGCCGGGUAAUGCAGACUUAAGCCUUGGGGGGUUGAGGGAAGAGAUUGAUACUUAUGAAGCCCUUCACUUGCCUCGCCAGGAAGGGAAAGUGGGUAUGGUUUUAAAUAAGUUUUUUCCCGCAAUUUAA